AUGAAAAAAAAAGGAAAAAGGAAAACAUGCCACAUCAGAACGACCCUUCUCAACACUAACAAUUCUCCACGACUAACUCUGCACUGCAACAUGUUCAAAACUCUUAGACCAUCAAGAAUACCCCGGGUUUUCAACAUAACAAGACUCUAUCACUCAACCGACCACAUAGGAACCAAUACAAUCAUCAACAACAACCAAAUUGAAUCGAAAAUCUUGACUAAAGCCAUUGAUUAUAUCCCUCAAUAUGGAUUCCAUUCCAAAACUAUAACUAAAGCCAUUCAUGAUUUACAAUAUCCUGACUCAUUGAUUCUGGUACUAACUAGUUCUCCACUGGGGUAUUCUCUCCCCAUGCAAUUGAUGAUUCAUUGGUUGAAAUUGAAACGACAAGAAUUGGAAAUAUUUGCAAGUAACACAGUAGCUACUGAUAGUGAAAGUACUGAAUUGUCUGAAAGUGAGAAAUUGAAACAAUUGAUUAAGUAUCGAUUGAAAUUAAACACUCCCAUCAAGAACCAACUAUCUCAAGGGUUAAGUCACUUAGUUGUCCCAUACAACCUAUCAGCAUCAAUUGAAGAAUUACUAAACUUAGGGGACGACUUGGCCUUUUACGCCGGUGACAAAUCAAAUGAUUUUGCAUGGUACUCGAAACGUGCCGGUAUUUGUUCCAUCUAUGUGAAAAGUGAAUUAUUUAUGUUAAAUGAUCAAACUGCUGAGUUACGAUUAACUGAUCAAUUUGUUGAUGAACAUGUUGAUGAUUUUGUUAAAUUGGGUCAAGGUUAUAAUUCUAUUGAACAAUGGAUUGAUUUCAAUGCUAUUAGUUUAGUUAAUUUGUUUAAAUCUCAACUAGCUAGAGGUUAA